CGCUUGCCAGCAGGGGAUCCACCCCCCUCUCCUGGUACUACCGUUGCAUCCUUUUCGACAAACACUGCAGACAUGUGCUACAUUGGAUGUGUCGCCGACCGCUACACCGCCUGCCAGCACAACCUGAUCCUGUACGAGACGAGCGCACGCACCGACUGCGGAGACGAGCACUGCAAGACGUCCGCCGCGCAUAAGCACACCGCGAUCGAGUGCGGGUGUCCCACCGUGCGCCACCGAUCCCCCCCUCUCCGCAGGCUGGAUUACAGCUGACCUUGUAUUUUGUUUUUUGGGGGAUCGCAUUCAGUAUCGAAUCCCGCGACCGAGCAUC